AUGAGGGAAGGUGUGGUUGGUCUGCCGCGGCAGGCUGGUGGAGUUCAGCCACCUCACGGAGGACCGGGGGGUGUGACAUCAGCAGGGCCUAAUGGGCCGGGGCCUGGCGGAUAUAUGCCCAAUCCACAGCAGCAACAGCAGGCGGCCAUGAUGAAGCAGAUGAUCGCUAUGGAGCAGGAAAAGAGGGUCCAGCUCCAUCUGAUGGAGCAGCAGAAAGCACAGCUUAUGAGAGAGCAGAGACAACAGCAACAGCAGCAACACAUGCUGGCAGAACAGUUACAACAACAGCAGCAUCUCCCCAGACAGAUGAGUCAGGCACAGAGGAAUCCAUACCCGCUCCAGCAGUUUCAAGGCACGCCCCAGGAGAUGGCAGCAAGGAACCAGACACUGCAGAACAUGCGCAACGCUCGACUUCUGCAGCAGCAACAGCAGCAGAACCCUGGGAUACUGCAGAUGACGCCCGUCCAGAACUCGGGCGCCAUACCUUCGCAGGGUGACAUGAGUAUGGCGUACGGAGGCCAGCCGGGUACACAGACCGGGAUGUACCAAGGUAUGAACCCAAAUAUGGGCCAAAUGCUCCAACAGCAACAGCAGCAUCAUCCUAACCAGCCCGGCAUGGUGAUGGCACAGAGACAAGCGGGCGCCGUCGGGCAAGGGAUGGUCGGCGGAGGCGGGUAUGGGCAGGGAAUGCUAAUGAACCCAUCACUCCCGCAGCAGCAAAUAAAAUCAGCCGUUGUUGCCCCUGGUGGGCAGCCGAUGGCCAAAGUUCAGAGACUGCAAGGCAUGAUGGGAGGCGGAGGCCAGACUUGGCCGCAGCAGCAGCAGCAAAACAUACAAGCCAUGGGUGGAAGGACUUCAAACGACAUGGUGGUGUUUAACAGUAACCCUGCGUAUGCCAUGCAAGGUGGCCAGGCUCCGAGAAUGGCCAAGCAGCAUUUCGCACAAGCGAUGGGCGGACAGACUAUGGUGGACCCUCGUUCAAUAAACCCAGCGGCAAUGGGUGGACCGAUGAUGCCGCACAUGGCAGGACAACCAAGGACCAACCAGCCGCGGGGAAUGGUGAUGGCAGGUAUGAACCAGGGUGUGCCCAACAUGGCUGCUUUUGGACAGGGCCCUGCUCAGGGCAUGCCGGGAGCAUCGGGAGGGGGUGGGCCGUACAUGCCAGGGGGUCAGCCUCAGGGCUACCAGAGGACGUCCAGUCAGGACCUGGCGUACGGUUACGGCAGCCAAUCAGGGGCUGGGGCCGGGGUUUCGUUCGGCUUGUCGGAUGGGACAGAUUUGGAUUCGACGGAAGGUUGGAUGGAUGAGUUUUUCCCCAGCCAAUAGCCUAAGGGAUUUUUUUAACAGGACAAUUUUAUGGAAAAUGUGAUUCGUUUUAUUGUUUGAUUUUCUUUUUUUUGUUUUUUUAUUACAUGGUCGACAAAUCUAAGAAAUAUAUUACAUGUUGUGUAUUACAUGUGUGUGCUGUCACAAUAUUUAAACCAAUUCCUCUCUGUUUGGGUUGCUUCUCAAGUAAGGAUCCAGUGUUCUGUGUUUUUUUUUUUUUUUUUUUUUUUGAAGAAAUACCCAUUUGAUUCAUUUCUCUCUCUUCUUUCCCCCCUCUCAUGUCCUUUCUGCUACAUUAAGGGCAAGAGGCACUGAAAACCUGCAAAAUGACAUUGGGAAAGAUUUGAAUGUGUUUUUAGUUUACCAUUAUUCUGACACCCUGCUCAUGUAUGAAAGAGUGUGUGGAAAUUUGUGGUGGGCCUUUGUCAACAAUAGAUCACUUUUCCAAACCAAACAGUUGACCCACACCUCUUUCUUCUCUUUCGUAUCUUGUCUCUCUCCCUUUUCCGCUGCUCUUGACACGUGUUCAUCCUCUGCAUUUGCUCUGGUUUGUGUGUGUGUGUGUGUGAGCAUCACAACAAAACACAUCAGAUUCUGCGUGCUCUCAGUGCAUGCAAGAUGGAUGCUCUGCUGUCGCUAGGCGACCGGUGUCAGUAGAAGAGUGAAGCCAUGUGUGUGUUUGUCAGCUAGGUGUUUGUUAAUAAAGCUUGAAGAGAUUUGGCAGCUACAAACGUCUCCCUCCCCUCCCUAAAACUGUGAGAAAGAUGCUUUCUUUAGUCACAAUGGCAGCUAGAAAGGAUACUAUGACAUUUAAGAUUUCAACGGCCCACAGACAUUUGCGUAUUUAAAUUUUCUUUCAAUAUUUAAAUGCUAACCAACAUCCUAUUUUUUAUUCCUUUCUUUACCAGAACAUUACUGCUUGUGAACACUGGUUAAAGAUAUUUUAAUAAGAAAAAAUGAAAUACACCAUAUGUAUCUCCGCUGAUGGGUCAUACCACUUUUCAUCUUUUAUUUUACUCUUCAAAUGACAAAUAUUUAUUAGUUUCCUUCACGUUUCAUUUCACUGCACCACUCCCAGCUCUUGAACACACUGACACUCCUUUCCCUGCCACACAUUGUCUGAAAAGACAAGGAAAGACAAGCACGUCAAGACUACAUCAAGCCAACUCUGUUGCAUACAACGUCCUCUUUCUCUUUCAACUGUGACACAAUUUCAACCAAAACAAAAAAUCGAUUUGUUAAUAUAUUUACGACCCAUUUCCUCCAACUUGUGUUCAUUGUUGUGAGUUUGUCAGCUAAUUUCAAAAGAAGUCACAAUAUAUGGCAUCUUAGUAGCCUGACUUUAGUUUUUUGUUGUUUACCAUGAGAUGCCACACAAAUAAGAACAUCAGUCGUUUCUGCUCUGUUGUGUGUUGCUGUGCUAUUAUGGUAUUGUAGUCAUGGUGUCUUUGUAAUCAAACUCUAGUUUUAUUGUUUCCCGCUCUCUGAAGAAUGAAUAUGAAUGUAACAUUGUGACUGACUUGCCCUUUUUUCUUAUUUUUUGUCUUAAUGGGAGAUUGACCGCAUUCACAUCUUCAGUGUUUCGCAGUGUUAUAUUGUUGCUCUGUCAAGAGGAUUGCAGAUGGAGAGGGUAAAGCCCGCGUCCUCGUGCCGUCUCACCAAAUAUCAACAAUCUGGGACCAAGAUGAACAUGUUUUUGAUUUUUGUUGAAGUCAUCGAGCUUAUCUUUUUCUUCUUUUUAUUUCGUACUGGUGCUGACAUAUAUGUGAUGGAUAAAGAUAUAUAUAUCAGAUACAGUUAUUUGUAAAUAUGUUUUUACAAUUUUAAAUACAUCAGAGGAUACAUCUCUACUCACUGUAAAGAUAUUGCUGUUUAAGAUAGAGAAGUAUUUUUAUUUCAUCUUUUUUUUCCACUUUUAAACUCAUCUGAGCUAUACCAUUGCACUUCAGACAAUGUCUUACUACUAAUUUGUAAUGUAAACCUCCUCUGAUUUUUAUUUUGAAGGUUUUUUUCUAGUUUUAAAAUUUUACUCUGUAUCUAAAGCAGUGCUUUUUUCCCUUUCUUUUUUUCAUGUACAGAAUUAUGUAAAUGGUAAUGCCAGAGAGUUACAAAGAAUUUGUUUUUCAGAAAAAAUACAUUAAAGAGAUUGAUCAUUAAAAAUGUUCUCAUUAAAAUA